UAUAAAAUGUCAUUCCUAGACAACAAUUAAAAAAUGUCGGAAUCGUGUCAAGACGGUAAUUGUCAUGGAAAUAAUGAAUUUGGACCUGAUGAAUCACCUACGAAGCUUAUUGUUAAUUAUAUUCCUGAAGUUAUGACGCAGGAUAUGAUGUUCUCACUGUUCUCGACAAUGGGCAAAUUAGAAAGUUGUAAAUUGAUAGCGAACAGAGGGUAUGGUUUCGUCGAGUACUCUCGCCCAGAGGAUGCGGUUAAAGCACGCAAGGCGUUCAAUGGUCUGUUAAUGCAGAACAAGACACUAAAAGUUUCACACGCCUUACUCAAUCCAGAAAUGAAGCCACCCUCAAAACCGGAAGCAGACUGGAAUCUCUACGUAUGUAACCUGCCUAACGAACUGACCUUGCAAGAUUUACAUGGACUAUUCGCACAAUUUGGUAAAAUAGUUAAUUCUCGUAUUGCUUCAGGCAUAGCUUUUGUUUUAUAUGAACACCAGUUUGAAGCCGAGAGAGCCAUCCAUAAUGUUAAUGGCACUACUCCACCAGGUUUUCUACACCCUUUAACUGUUAAGUAUGCUAAUAAGAGUAAUCCUAACAAACACAAAAAUAAUAACAAUAAUUUUUCGAAGAAUUCUCUUGUGAAACCUUUUCAUUGGAUUAAUCAUGUGAGUGCUAUAGGAGACCAUAAUUCUCCCAGCACAUGGUCUAUAUACAUUUAUAAUAUUGCUCCUGAAGUAGAAGAAUUGACUUUAUGGCAAUUAUUUGGUCCAUAUGGUGCUAUUGUAUCCGUUAAGAUAAUAAAGGAUCAUCUAACUAAUAAAAGUAAAGGUUUUGGAUUUGUGACGAUGAGAAACUAUGACCAGGCCGCGAUGGCAAUACAAGCAUUAAAUGGUUACGUGCUCCACGGCCAGCCUCUAUCUGUUAGCUUUAAGACGCAGAAGAGAUAAUGUUGUAAAUUUGCUCUUAUCUUUACAAUAUCAGUACAGUAACAUAGACAAAAUGACUCCUUUUCAUUGAUACACAUCAAUUAACACAAUGUAAGUAAAUAGUGCUGAGACAUAAUCCCAUUUACAAGAUUAUAUUAAGUGCAGUCUGUCAACUCUUGUUAAAAAUAUUAUAUUACUUUGAGCUAUCAAUAUUGUUAAGUUUGUUUCUUAUUAUGAAUAAUAAUUUAUUCAGUUUGCUCGUUAAAUGUUUCAAGUUUACUAGAAGUUUAAGAUUUGUAUUGAAAAUGAUUGUUGUUUGGAAGUUCAACAUCAGUUGUGAGCUCAUGUGCUUUGAUUAUUAUUUUAUCUAUUAUUUAAGUAUAAUAUACCAUUUUAAAAUGUGCUUUUACAAGAUCUUACUAAUAUAAGCCACAUUGAGAUGUUUAAUCAGCUACUAGUUUUAGUUGUACACUUUUUAUAACAUGAUGUCUAUUUAGGUAGUGAAAACAAAAUCUAGAUUUUAUCAUAUUUAUACAUUUAGUAUAAAAUUUGCUGAAUUAAAAU